AUGCUCAAUCUCAAGCGGCUGUCCGCCCUCGUCUUCGGCCUCGGCCUUGUCCUCUUCUCCCAGACUGCCGAGGCGUCCAAGAAAGGCCCCAAGAUCACCCACAAUGUCACCUUUACCAUGACGCACGGCGACGAUGUCCUGGGCAACGUCGUCAUUGGCCUCUACGGCAAGACCGUCCCCAAGACGGUCGAAAACUUCUUCCAGCUGGCCCAGAAGAAGGAGGGCGAGGGCUACCUCGGCUCCACCUUUCACCGCGUCAUCCCCAACUUCAUGAUCCAGGGCGGCGACUUCACAAAGGGCGACGGCACCGGUGGCAAGUCGAUCUACGGAACCAAGUUUGACGAUGAAAACUUCAAGCUGAAGCACACCAAGCCGGGCAUGCUGUCCAUGGCCAAUUCUGGCCGCAACACCAACGGCUCCCAGUUCUUCAUCACCACCGCUAUCACUGCGUGGCUGGACGGCAUGCACGUCGUCUUUGGCGAGGUUCUCGAGGGGCUCGACAUUGUCCACAAGAUUGAACACGUGCCGAGGAACAGCGGCGACAAGCCCGACAAGGUUGUCAAGAUCAGCAAGAUCGACACCAAGGAGCUUCCUCCCGAAGACCUCGACAGCGGGGCGGGCCCUGCCGACAACGUGGCAACAGACCCAUCGCUGGGUGGCGCUUCGGGCGGGUGGUCUUUGUUGCAGAAGCUCUCGGUCUUGGGUGUUCUGGUGGCCGCGCUGGCAAUCUACGUCCGAGCCAGCAACAGGAACACGAGGAACGGUGUUGGUUACGAGAAGACGCUGGCUUAG